CAUUGACACUUUGACACUUUUGACACUUAUGUGUUAUUACCGAAUCAACACAAAAUUUCGUUAAUUAAUAAAUAAACCAUGCUUUUUUAAGCUUGAAUUUUACCCAUCAAGUAAAAUAACUCACGUAAAAUGUGGCAAUUGCUACAAACUCAAUCAAGCCACUUAAUGCGGCAAAGGUUGCUGCCAGUAAAAAACAGUUGUUACUUUACCAACUUGGUAAAGGAAAAGCCGGCAAACGUUGCGAGACGUUAUUUUUCGGAAGCCAAAAAUGCGUCGGAAAAAAGUUCAAAGUCCGGUUUCCUAUUGAUUUGUAGCCCCUGGAAAUUGUGUACAGGCGUUAGUUUAGGUUUAGGAGCGAAGUUAUUGUUAAGUAGUGGAACUGCAUUAUGUAAGGCGCAACAGAACUCUAGGAUAAUACAGCGGAGACCUAAUAUUAAUGAUGAUAGUGCAAAGUUUGAUUGGAGAAGAUUGUUUGAGUAUCUACGGCCACACAAAUGGUUGUUAGUGGGUGCUAUAGCUUCAGCAUUAGCGGUUGCAUUCCUAAAUGUGUACAUCCCAGCGAUGUUGGGAGUCAUAGUGAAUGUUCUGGCGAACAUGAAGAAUAAUCCGACAGUGGACUUUUUAGAAGAGAUCAAAUUCCCUGCUUUGAAGCUCAUAUCAUUAUACAUUGGACAGGCAGCAUUCACAUUCAUGUACAUCCAUUUAUUGGCACAAGUUGGCGAGCGGGUGGCUUCUCAGAUGAAACAGGACCUAUUUGUCUCCAUCCUCAACCAGGAUAUGGCCUUCUUUGAUCAGGAGCGGACAGGAGAGCUUGUCAAUAGGUUAACAGUAGAUGUACAAGACUUUAAAAGCUCAUUUAAACAGACGAUUUCUGGAGGAUUAAGAGCUUUAACUCAGGUGGUAGGCUCAGCAGUGAGUCUGCUAGUCAUAUCCCCGCACUUGACCGGGCUGACAAUGGUGUGUGUGCCGUCGGUCGUCAUCGGGGGCACUUUCAUUGGAUCGCUAUUGAGGAAACUCUCCAGAGAAGCACAGCAACAGAUAGAAAAAGCGACGCUAGUAGCAGAAGAAGCGAUAUCCAACAUGCGCACCGUGCGAGCAUUCGCGGGCGAAGAGAACGAAGCGCAAAUGUUCGCGCGCGAAUGCGAUGCUGCGGCCGAGCUGAGUACAGAGUUGGGGCUGGGCGUCGGCCUGUUCCAAGCUGGCACCAAUUUGUUCCUGAACGGAAUGGUCCUAGCCACAAUGUUCCUCGGUGGUCAUCUAAUGGCCAACGGUCAGAUGUCUGCUGGUGACGUCAUGGCUUUCCUAGUCAACGCUCAAACUGUGCAGAGGUCGGUCGCACAGCUGUCCUUGCUGUUUGGUUCAGUUGUGAAGGGACUAAGCGCCGGUGGCCGCGUGUUUGAGUACAUCAACAAGGAGCCAAAAAUGGACACAUCGGGCACGCAAGUGAUCAAAUACCACGAGUUCCACGGAGACAUCGAAUUCAAGGACGUCACUUUCGCAUACCCAACGCGGCCCGAAGCGAUAGUUUUGAAGAACUUCAACUUGAAGAUACCAGCGGGAAAAACUAUAGCCAUCGUCGGUACUUCGGGCAACGGGAAAUCUACUAUAGCAGCUUUGCUGGAAAGAUUUUAUGACGUAAACGAAGGCCAAGUCACCAUAGACGGCAUAGACGUCAGGGAAAUGGAUGCCAAGUGGCUCCGCGGGCGAGCCCUGGGCCUCAUCAGCCAGGAGCCGGUGCUGUUCGCCUCCAGCGCGAGGGAGAACAUCCGGUACGGCCGCCCGGAGGCCAGCGAUGAUGAGGUGUAUCGCGCAGCCAUGACAGCGAACGCUCACGAUUUCAUCCUCGGCUUCCCCGCCGGCUACGACACGAUGGUGGGAGAGAGAGGCAUGGCGCUCAGCGGCGGGCAAAAGCAAAGGAUAGCGAUAGCGCGCGCUGUACUGAAGAACCCGCCUAUUAUAAUACUGGACGAGGCCACUAGCGCUUUAGACUCUGCGAGUGAGAAAGUAGUCCAGACAGCAUUGGAGACGGCCGCCAAGGGACGGACGGUGCUCGUGAUCGCUCAUCGACUAUCUACUGUUAUGAACGCUGACGUCAUUGUUGUAUUGAAUCGAGGGAAGAUUGUCGAGAUGGGAACCCACGAACAGCUGAAGAAGCAGAAAGGUUUCUAUUGGAACCUAAUCAAGCAGCAAGACCAGGAUGCGGAAAACAGAUCCUUAUGAGAACAUGCAUGAUAGCCUAAUAUUAGCUCGCCAAAAAGCACAAUCGACAAGAGCUUGUAGAGUAUAAUCAGAGUUGGGAGUUAUUUAGAUAAUUAUUUCAAAUAAAAUUAUUCGAAGAUAAAUUCAAUCACAAAUAGUGCGUUGACAACUUUUUUAUUCAGAUAAAUUAUCUAGAUCGAGAUAACUGGGGGCCUACCGCGAAAACCGAAAUUCGCAAAUUGCGGGGAUCUUUCUCCUUUACUCUCACUAAUACGUAAUUAGAGUGACAGAGAAAAAUAAAAUAAAAUAAAAUAAAAAUAAAAAUAAAAAUUAUUUAUUCUCAGACAAUUAAUACAGUCCACAUUUGCUAGUAUCAACUUACAACCUAUUAUGUUAUGUUACCUUCCGCACAAUAAAUUUCAUAAAUUAAAUUAGGUAACUUUAGAUUGCUGAUUAUCUUGGCCGAUCUACCGAACUGCACGUUUGUGAACAUGCUCGCAAUUGACGAACUUCGAUUUUCGCGGUAAUAGCCCUGACCUCGUUAUCGAAGUAAGCUUAUAAUAAUAAAUGUAUAUAGGCAGCGUGCAUGAACUGUAGGCGGCAGCACAGGAGCCGUUAGAUUUUUGGCGCGAGGCGUAAAUGUGAUGUUUAUUGUUCCGAUGUAGCCCACAAGAUGGCAGAACCUACUAUGCACAAGAAAACACGUGACGUGUACAUGUGCAUGUUUAUGGUUCCGAUUCAGACCACAAGAUGGCAGACCCCCCAACGCGCACGGUCCUUAGAGAAUGUCACGUCGGGUCAAACCGUCACAUUAACAUUGCUCAUGAAAUCAGAAAAAUUUCAUAAACGCUGCAAUGUCGUCUUCUAGCUAGAUUUCAGCAUGUCUCCAAAUCACCAAUAUUAGAGGGCAAGACGACCACUUCUAGUUCUACAUGACUGUACUACUGAUAUUCAUCUUUUAUUUAAAAUCCCAAUAAUUUAUCUAGAUAAAAAUGAAACUGAUCUAGAUAAAUUCAAAAUAACAAAUGACGGAUUAUUUAGUUAUUUCAAAUAUAAGAUGACUUCGUUAUCUUCCCGGUAAUUCGUAAAUAGAUAUUUUUUGCCCAACUCUGAUAUAUCAUACUGUAUGAUAUAUUUUUAAUAGUAUAUAACAAUCAUAAUACUAUACGUGGGAAUGGAAACUCGUUACGGAUGUACAAUGUUGUACAUAUUAUCAAAUAUACCAAGAAAAAGUACACAAAUGUGUCUCAAUUUUUUUAAUAAAAUACAUUUAAAAAAAGAAACAUAGGUACCGCUUUCACCAACUUGUAUAUUUGUUCAAAUGACUUAUACUUAGAUUUCCUUAUUUAUUAUUUAUUGUAAGUAUCAUAUAUUAAUAUUAACACCACAUUUUGGCUGUGAAAGUAUUUAAUUUUAUAUUGUUUUGUUGCAUUUUAUAUUAUUCAUAUUACGUGUACUGUUUGUACGUUUUCUACAGCCAAUGUUACUUUCAGAAAACUGUUUUUGUUGCCCGGUUUAUCUUAUGGCAAUUAUUUUUUCUGCCCUCCGGGCGGAAAACGUCAACUUUGCUUCCGCUGCGCUAUACGAAGUUGCCGCUUUCCGCCUCCGUCGAGCAGAAAAAUAGUAUGCGCACCACGGGAGGAACCGUAGUACAUUUUAUCCCGCGUGUUUGCCACCCUUUGGCUCGGGUAACAAUUUUACACGCGGCACGAAAUUUGCUACUUUUCCUCCCUUGAGACACAAAUAACUAUUUCCAUGCAUUUGACACUAUUACAUAUAUAAAAUUUCUAUACUUUUUGACCAGUAACUGCGCAUUUCUGUCCGACCAAGCAUAACAGCCAUUAAGAAAAAAAAAAUUGUAUUUAGAAUUCAUUGCGCGAGAAUACGAAUACCAAUUAAAGAACUUCUCCAGUGGCUUGUACCAAAGAGAAUUAGAAAUAGAGGUGCAUUGUCAAAGAAAAUUUUAUAGAAACAGUAAAUUUACUGCUGCCGAUUAAAACUUAGAACGCCAUUUGACUUUGAUUCUUUCACUGAUAUGUGUUAAAUUUGUUAAAUAUCUAAAAGUGGCGUUAUCUUACCGGGCAUCGCUCGAAACGUUGCCGCCACACAUUUGGCCAUUGAUCUAUUAGAUGGCGCCACUUGAUAUUUAACAAAUUUAACACAUAUCAGUGAAAUAAUAAGGAUCAAAGUCAAAUGGCGUUCUAAAAGUUUUAAUCAUGCGUAAAUGGCAGUAAAUUUAUUGUGGCUACAAAGUUUUCUGUGACAAUCCACCUCUAUUUCAAAUUAUCAAACUGUUAUGCGUGUAUACCAGCCAUUAAAGAAGUUAUUCAGUUGUUUGCCGCUAUCGUUAUGCGAAAUGAAGCUGUAUUGCUGACAGAAUUGUAUGUAAUUGCUGUAGAAGAGCGCGUCAGUUGCAGGGAGUGCUCCCGGGACUAGUUUUACAAAUAGAGUACCGAAACCGGGAAUUCCCGGUUCUCGACAUACACAGUGCCGGGAACAUUCCCUAGUCAGUUGACGUCAUUCGCGAAACAUUAGUUUGAGAGACGUGGCGCAUUAUCGUGCAAAAUUAAAAGUUUUUUGUAUUAUGUAUGAAAUAUCGUUUCUAACUUUCACACCUAUAGGAGGGACACUAUCGUAAGUAGAAAUAGACAUUAUUGCUCAGUUGUAGUAAGGAUAUUUUGGAUGUUGAUAUUUAAGGACAUAAAGGGAGAGUAAUUUAUUCUAUUUAUGUAUAAUUUACUAAUUUGUGCGUGUUAGUGAUUGGGUUUGUUGUGAAUAAAUCAUUGUUAUAUAAAA